AUGGAGGAGACGUACAGUCCCUUUACGGGACGUCAAGGCCAGUACAAUCAGGGCUACAAUGGUGGAGGGCGACGAGAUAGCCGCGGCGGUAUGGGAGAAAGAAUAAAACCCGUUGACUGGGGGAAUGUUUCUCUCGUUCCCGGAAACUGGAAGGUUCUCGAUGGUAAGGCGAUCAAAAAGGCAGGGGAGAUAAAGACAUCCACCCCAGAAGCGGGACAACUCAGCGAGGAGGAGGCGACGAAAUGGCGAGAAGAACAUGUGAUCACCAUAUUUGGUGAUGAUUGUCCUCCACCUAUGUCAUCGUUUGAUCACCUGUGUGGAAUCGUUCCACCAUACCUUCUAAAGAAGCUCACCGCCCAGAAUUUCACUGCACCAACUCCCGUGCAAGCGCAGUCAUGGCCCGUUCUUCUAUCUGGUCGUGACCUUGUGGGGGUUGCGAAGACAGGCUCCGGAAAGACGCUUGGCUUCAUGGUUCCUGCCCUCGCCCACAUUGCAGUGCAGGAACCCCUACGCUCCGGUGACGGUCCAAUGGUUGUUGUACUGGCUCCCACCCGCGAACUUGCUCAGCAGAUUGAAGAAGAAACAAAAAAGGUUAUCCCCGGGGACGUGUAUUGCGGUUGCGUUUAUGGAGGAGCACCAAAAGGACCCCAGCUUGGGUUGCUGCGGAGAGGUGUGCACAUUCUCGUCGCCACACCAGGUCGUUUGAUAGACUUCUUGGAUAUUAAACGCAUUAACUUGCAUCGUGUCACCUAUCUCGUUCUAGAUGAAGCAGAUCGCAUGCUUGAUAUGGGAUUUGAGCCGCAGGUUCGCAAAAUAUGCGGCCAGAUAAGGCCAGACCGGCAGACAGUCAUGUUCUCCGCCACUUGGCCACGUGAGAUUCAGCGACUGGCAGCAGAAUUUCAGAAGCAGUGGAUACGCAUCAGUGUGGGCAGUACGGAACUUCAGGCUAACAAGGACGUCACUCAGCGUUUCAUUCUCACACAAGAGUUUGCGAAGCAGGACGAGUUGAGGAAGCUCAUGCAAGAACAUCGGGAGGAACGCGUGCUGGUUUUCUGCAAGAUGAAGCGGACUGCGGAUGAGCUGGAGCGGCAACUAAGACGAUGGGGCUACGACGCAAUGGCUAUUCAUGGUGACAAGGAGCAGCGGCAGAGGGAGUUCAUCCUAGCGAGGUUCCGUAAAGAUCCACGAUUGUGCCUUGUCGCCACAGACGUUGCUGCUCGAGGUCUGGACAUCAAACAAUUGGAAACUGUUAUAAACUACGACUUCCCCAUGCAGAUCGACGACUACGUACAUCGUAUUGGCCGCACAGGCCGUGCAGGCGCGAAGGGAGAUGCGUUUACGCUUAUCACGAAGAAGGAGGCUCAAAUAACACCUUCAGUGUUGAAGGAACUUAUUGGGAUCCUGGAGCGCGCACAACAGGAAAUACCUGAUUGGAUGAUCGAAUGGAACGCGCAACAGCCGAGAUACCAGGUGAAGCGGAAUCGCGGUAUGAACGGGUUUGGAAGACAUCAAAGCGCCCCCUUCCUGCGUAACGGUCACCGCCCAUCGUUCUCAGCGAACGGGAAUUAUAGUGCUCACGGAAAUGGUACAUUUGGCCUUGGAAAGCACAACGACGACGCUGUUCCCUUCUCGUCAUCCGCUAUUCAAUACAAGCGAUUUGACAGUGACGACGAGGCGGAACCGUCCCGCAAGAAAUACGCGAGAUAG